GAAAUCACAAAAAACUCGAGGCAGCAGCCCAAAAAACGCUGGCAACGCGUGCGAGAGGGCCACCACAAACGCUGCAUAGAGGGACGCUCACGACACACGAUAUGCCUCGCAUUCCUGCGACGCGCGGGCAGCCCAUAGAACGAUGCUAGCCCACGUGCCGGCGUGCGGCGUCCGGACGCGCUCCCUGGGCGGAGCCCUCCUCCUCCUCGUCCUACCAACAUGCCAGGCGGUCUGGACCCGUAGUUUGGGAGGCGACGCGGGAAAGCCGCGCUUCAACGUGGCCAUCGAGCGAUGGAACGCGACGCACUUCCUGAGCGUACGGAACGUCCAGCGGCCGCGUUAUACCAGAGGCGCCGCGUGUCGGGACGCCGCGGUCGUCGUCGCGAUGAUUGGACAAUGGCAGCUCGGGGCAGAGCGGACCCGCAUUAAUCCUCGUGAUCCAUUAAGGAAAUGCUUGGAUAGGAGAAACUUCCGGCUGAAUGGCCCCGAGGACGCGCGCAUCCUCAAGCUGCACUCCACGACUUCUAUGAUCAUCUACGCCGAGCACGCGGGCAACAACCGGCGCCAGUUCUUCCGCUUCCUGCACGGGUAUCAGACGCUGUCUCCAGAAAAAGAGCUGACUUCAUCGAAUUUGAACGCCGUGGAGAAGAACUGGGUCCCGUUUCUUGAUCAAAACCAAAAGCCGCACGUCUGGCGCUGGCUCGAGGACGAGGAUGGGUACGGCGUGGCCCAUCUUGUUGACCUAAGGAGCGGGGUUCUGGGCGAGGCCAUGCGCCAGCGGAGUUUCUUGCGGGGUUUCGUACUAAGUGCCCCGGGGCCGAAGGCGAAAAUCUGUGGCGGCACGCCCGCGGUGGCGCUCAAUACUACUCAUAGAGUUGGUUUCGGUCAUGUGACGCGAAAUCGGCGGUACUACACGGUCUUCGCUUAUGUGUUUGAAGCGCAAAGUCCGUUUUUGAUGGUCGCGGCGUCGCGCGAGUUCCGGUUCCGCGGCCUUGGGAGUGAGUCUUCUGUCGACUUUGACGUGGCGACCCGCCCGGACAUCGAGGACAUGAUCCAGUUCCCCGUCGGCCUCGUCGCCGACGGCGACUCACUGAUAGUGUCCUGGGGCCGCGACCGCAACCGCGAGACGCGCGCGUCUUCAUUAAGGCUGGCGGAGCUCGGGCUCGCGCGGCUGCCGAGGCUCGAAUAAUUGUGUGUUCAAGUUACUACGGCG